AGUCUUGUUUUUCAUUUGACAUUGGAGGAACUUUGUAAAAUUUUUGGAAAAAAAAAUAAAAUCAAAAAAAAUCAGCUGUUUUUUAAUAAAUAAAAUCAAAUAUUUAUAACGGCGAAGCUGUGGGCCUGUUUUCCGGAAUUAUUCCGGAUUUAUAAAAAAAAGAACCUGUGUCAAGUGGCCGUAUUUAAGUGAAGUUUCGCGAUUUUCUCGUGUUUUUUUGCAACUUAAGUUUUUAACGAAAAAAACCUCCCAACCUCCCCCAAAGAAAAAUGGCCGGAACCACCCCCCUGCCCCCUCUAAACGAGGAGCCCGCUUUCAAAAAACUCCAGGAAUACUACGACGCCAAUCACAAUAAAAUUGUUAUUAAAGAUUUAUUUUUUAACGAUCCGAAGCGAUUUUCAAAGUUCAGCCUACGCUUGCGUACCCCAAACGAUGGUGAAAUACUUCUGGACUACUCCAAGAAUCGCGUCAACGAUGAUGUCUGGAACUUGCUCAUCGAUCUGGCCAAGUCGCGGAGAGUGGAGCCAGCCCGCGAUGCCAUGUUCAGCGGCCAGCACAUAAACAUUACCGAGAAUCGUGCCGUCCUGCAUACGGCGUUGCGGAACCGGAGUGCGGACGCCGUCCUGGUGGAUAACAAGGAUGUGAUGCCGGAUGUGCGGGCCGAGCUCCAGCACAUGAAGGAGUUCACCAACAAGGUAAUCUCUGGAGUGUGGCGUGGAAGCACUGGCAAACAGAUCACCGACGUGGUCAACAUCGGAAUCGGUGGCUCCGAUCUGGGACCCUUGAUGGUUACCGAAGCUCUGAAACCCUAUGGCAAGGGCUUGUACUCCCAUUUCGUGUCCAACAUCGACGGCACCCAUAUGGCGGAGGUUCUGAAGAAAGUCAACUACGAGACCACAUUGUUCAUUAUAGCGUCGAAGACGUUCACCACUCAGGAGACCAUCACCAAUGCGACUUCGGCCAAGACCUGGCUGUUGGAGCAUGCCAAGGAUGCGGAUGCCGUUGCCAAGCAUUUUGUGGCUCUGUCGACCAACAAGGAGAAGGUGACUGCCUUCGGUAUCGAUAGCGCCAACAUGUUCGGCUUCUGGGAUUGGGUGGGAGGACGCUACUCGCUCUGGUCGGCUAUUGGGCUUUCCAUUUGCUUGUCCAUUGGGUUCGAGAACUUCGAGCAGCUCUUGGAUGGUGCCCAUUACAUGGAUAAUCACUUCAAGACAUCGCCGCUGGACAAAAAUGCACCUGUCAUUCUGGCUCUGCUGGGCGUCUGGUAUUCGAACUUCUACAAUGCUGAAACACACGCCCUACUGCCAUACGAUCAGUACUUGCACCGCUUCGCUGCCUAUUUCCAGCAGGGCGACAUGGAGAGCAACGGAAAGUUCGUAAGCAAGUCGGGCAAGCCAGUUAAAUAUAGCACCGGUCCGAUUGUGUGGGGCGAGCCAGGCACCAAUGGCCAACACGCCUUUUACCAGCUUAUCCAUCAGGGCACUCGCCUGAUCCCAUGCGAUUUUAUUGCCCCCGCCCAGACGCACAAUCCCAUUGCCGGCGGCAAGCACCACAAAAUUCUACUCUCAAAUUUCCUGGCCCAAACGGAGGCUCUAAUGGCCGGCAAAACGUCCGAUGAGGCCAAGCAGGAGCUUACCAAGGCCGGAUUGUGCGGCAACGAGCUGGAAAACCUGCUGCCGCACAAAGUGUUCGCUGGCAAUCGGCCGACGAACUCAAUUGUGGUGAAGAAAGUGUCGCCAUUUACACUGGGCGCAUUGAUUGCACUCUACGAGCACAAGAUCUUCGUGCAAGGCAUCAUUUGGGACAUCAACUCGUUCGAUCAGUGGGGCGUUGAGUUGGGGAAGCAACUGGCCAAGGCCAUCGAGCCGGAGCUCGACACUUGUGUCGAGGUCUCUUCUCACGACAGUUCCACGAACGGUCUAAUUAAUUUCCUUAAGGCAAACUGGAAGUAGAUUUGUUCGACCAUUUGUUGACAAUUAAAAUGAGAUGAAAAUGUUCGCGCGAACACACACACAAAAACACCUAUUAGUAGUUCCUGUGCUGUUAUUGGAUGAGCUUCUACUUAUGUAUACUCAAACUACCUAUAGAAAAGAAACCAAACCCCUGUUCUUGGCACAAUAUUCUACCAUAUUUAUAGAUUGGAAUUGGAAAUGAAAUGUUUACGUUUGCUUGCUAAUGACAAAAUCUUAUUGUCGGAAAUUCAAAAAUAAUUGGCUCCCUAUUCGUUGUUGCACGUAGUUAAUAAACACAAAUAAAAAUUGCAUGGAAUUCAG